AACAAAUUAAUCGCGAUGCCUCCUACAAGAUCGGGAUCUUUAAUGGGAAGGACCGAGAGGCAGAGAGAUAAACAGAAGUCGGCCCUCGGUGGAACCCUCAACAUGGCUGGACCACGUCUCCUGGUUUUCAUUGCUUGCAUAGCUUUAGCGAACUGUGCUCCUUCUACGAGAGGAAACACUGAACAGUAUAGCUGUUACUCAUGCGACAACUUGAAGGAAGGCGAAAGUUGCAGUCAAACCGCCGUCUGUCAAGCGGGCCAUGAGCAUUGCGUUACUCAGCGACGAUACUAUGUAGACGGAUCGGUGCUGGUAACCAAGGGCUGCUCUCAUAUGCAGACAUGUAUGAAUAAAGAGGAAAACAAUGAGGAGGAAUGCUAUGGGGGUGAUAGGACCGGGUACGAAGGAGUCUGCACCUGGUGCUGUGCUGGCAGUUUGUGUAAUGCAGAAGGAAAAGAAGAAGAUCAACGAUUGAGAGCUGAGGAUGAUGAUGGUAACAAGAAAGCCAACACGAAACCGAACACAAAACCGAACACAAAACCAAACAAUAAACCUCCAACUGGAGGGAAACCUAACACGAAACCCCCAACUGGAGGAAAACCUAACAACAAACCCCCAACUGGAGGAAAACCUAACAACAAACCUCCAACUGGAGGAAAACCAAACCAAAAGCCCCCAACAGGAGGAAAGCCAAACCAAAAACCUCCAACAGGUCCAAAUAAACCUAAUUCAAAACCGACAACAUCGCCAGGAGGCUCAAACGGUCGUCCGGGUUCUCCGGGAUCAAACGGAACUCCUGGCUCUAAUGGUAACGGUGGAAACGGAGGAAAUGGUGGAAAUGGUGGCAAUGGCGGAAAUGGUGGAAAUGGUGGAAAUAAUGGCAAUGGAGGCCAGGGCGGAAACGGCGGCAAUGGAGGGCAAGGAGGAAAUGGUGGUAAUGGCGGAAAUAGUGGCAACGGAGGAAAUGGUGGCCAAGGUGGAAAUGGUGGUAAUGGCGGAAAUAGUGGGAACGGAGGAAAUGGUGGCCAAGGUGGAAAUGGUGGUAAUGGCGGAAAUAGUGGGAACGGAGGAAAUGGUGGCCAAGGUGGAAAUGGCGGUAAUGGUGGAAAUAGUGGGAACGGAGGAAAUGGAGGUCAAGGUGGAAAUGGUGGUAAUGGUGGAAAUAGCGGCAACGGAGGAAAUGGUGGAAACGGGGGAAAUGGUGGCAAUGGUGGAAAUAGUGGUAACGGAGGAAAUGGUGGCCAAGGUGGAAAUGGUGGUAAUGGCGGAAAUAGUGGGAACGGAGGAAAUGGUGGCCAAGGUGGAAAUGGCGGUAAUGGUGGAAAUAGUGGGAACGGAGGAAAUAACGGAAACGGCAACAAUGGAAAUGGUAACAACGGCAAUGGUAACAACGGCAACAACGGUAAUGGUAACAAUGGUAAUGGUAACAAUGGAAAUGGAAACAAUGGCAACAAUGGAAAUGGAAACAACGGCAACAAUGGAAAUGGUAACAACGGCAACAACGGUAAUGGUAACAACGGCAAUGGUAACAACGGCAAUAGCGGGAAUUCUGCACAGUGUCACAUCCAUUCUGGUCAAAUCUGUUGCCAGAAUCAUGGAAACUCGAACAACGGACAAGGAGGAAUUGACUUGGAUAUUCAUAUUCACAUUGGUGGUCUCAUUUUAGGAAGCGGCACCUGUUCCAAAUGUCAAAACCAGUUAAUACAACCAGGGACAUCAGGUUCAAAUGUAGUUGUUAAAACCCCCACAACAUCAGCACCAACGUCAAGUCAAGCAACAUCUUCUCCAGCAGUAACCACCACACAAACACCGACAAGUACAAAAGCGGCUACAACAGCGAAAACACAGACAACAGAUAAAAAGACAACAUUAACAACUAAGAAAGUUACAACAACCAAAUCUCCCAUCAAAUUUCAUUCAUCAGCAAGCGCUAUUUCUACGAAACAUCCAGUAACAUCUGGGCACACAGGAAAAACUACGCAAGCAGCGACAACAACACAAGCAGCGACAACGACACAAGCGGCAACAACUACACAAGCAGCGAUAACAACACAAGCAGCGACAACAACACAAGCAGCGACAACAACACAAGCAGCGACAACUACACAAGCAACAACAAAUACACAAGCAGCGACAACAACACAGCCAGCGACAACUACACAAGCUGCAACAACCACACAAUCGGCGACAACCACACAAGCGGCGACAACCACACAAGCGGCGACAACCACACAAGCGGCGACAACUACACAAGCGGCGACAACCACACAAGCGGCAACAACACAAGCGGCAACAACCACACAAUCGGCGACAACUACACAAGGGGCGACAACCCUAAAAGCAACAACAACACAACAAACUACCACACUGCAGUCUACGACAGAUAAAAAGACAAUUGCUACCACAAAAAAGACCUCGACUACAAAGUCACCUCUUAAGAUUCAUACUACUACAGUUCAAACUUCGACUCAUCCAUCUUCAGCAACUGUCCCGACAACAGUGCAGUCAACAACCACCCAGCCGCCUACAACCACUCAAACGACUACCACAGACAAGAAAACAACCAUGACAACAAAAAAGAUCUCAACCACCAAGGCUCAAACAACAACAAAUCAACCAACAACAACUGUUCCAGUAACAACACCAACAACUAACGCCACCACAACACCAAAACCAGAUUUCCAGUGCUACACUUGUAAAGACCAGACCUGCCAAUCCCAGGAACUGACAACAUGUUCCAGUGACUCCCAUUACUGUAUGUCAACAGUCAAACAGGACCAACAAGGAGGAAGGAUCGUAACUAAAGGGUGUGUAACGGUUGAUGUGUGUAAGAAUAAAUGGUACCAGAAAACUGCUACAAACCCGGACUGUAUCCUAACGAUGGACGACAAUCCGUCUGGGUUCCCGAACAUGGCUAUGGACUGUAGCUUCUGUUGUGUUGAUAAGGAAUGCAACAAGCACGUGGUACCAACGUUUACCUCAUUGUAUACGUCAAGAAGGAAGCGAAUCAGCUAGAUCCAUAAACUUAUCAUUGAUUUCCAUAAUAUUAUCAAAGUCUCAGAGCAAGAGAAAUAUAAACGACUGCUGUGUUUAUUUGACAGCGAAUGCACAUGCGCGUUCUCUUAAUUUUACAGAUAUUAAGCAUCUGGUCAAACCAAAAUAAACAA